UUCACCAAAAGACACUUCAAGAUGAUCUCUGUUGUUGCCCUCCUUUGCCUCGUUGCUGGUACUUCCGCUAUUCCAAUCCCGGACUACUACCCAAAAACUCACGGAUUUGGAGGACUUGGAAUUAACGGCCGUAUUAUUGAUAUCAACGACAAUGCAUUUGAAAGCAGCAUCUUAGGAUUUAACGGUGGAAAUUCCGCUUCUGCUGCUGCCUCUGCCGCCAGUGGCCUGAAUUCCGCUGCCGCCGCCGCGGCCGCCAACGCUGCUUCAGAUGGAUCACGUCAUUUUGGACAACAAGGAGCUCUUGGUUUCAAUAAUGGAUUCGGAUUCAAUGGAGGAAACUCAGCUGCCGCUUCUGCCGCCGCUGCCGCUGGUGGUAUGAAUUCCGCUGCCGCCGCUGCUGCAUCCUCUGCACAGAGAUCUUCAUUUACAGGAUUCCAAGGCCAUUCUGGACAUCAGUUGAUUGGUUCUAACUACGGACCAUUUGUUCAACAAGUACCGUCUGUUCAGUUCCAAUCUGUUCCACAAUUCACCGGACUUGGAGGUUCUGCUGCUGCUGCUGCCGCCGCUGCUGCUGGUCAACAGAGCGCUGCCGCUGCCGCUGCUGCAGCUGGACAAAAUGCUGCUGCCGCUGCUGCUGCCGCUGCUGGUAGAAAUGCCGCUGCUGCUGCCGCUGCCUCUGCAUCUGGUGCCAACUUUGGACUUCAGAAUGGAGUUGUAGGUCCCCAGUUUGCCGGUCAGAUUGGUGGUCAAUUUGGUGGUCAAUUUGUUCAACCAGCUGUCUACUACCCCAACGUUGUCGGACAGAACUCUGGAGCUGCUGCCGCCGCUGCCGCUGCUUCCAACAAUGCCGCCGCCGCUGCUGCUGCAGCUUCUGCCAGUGGAUUUAAUGGUGGAAUUAUUAGAGGAUCAACUGGUAUCAUUGGUUCUAGAUAUGUACCAGGAAAGAAAUAUUAAUUGGAUUGUAUUUGAAGACGUUAUUUGAUCUGUGAUAUGCAUGUUUAUCAUGUGUUAAACCAUUUUUUUAAUUUUUUUUUAUUUAUUGCAAUUGGUUAUUAAUUUUCAAUAAAUAUAUUUCAAGUUGAUGAGGAUUAUGGGUUUUUUCUCUGGGGAAUGUUGAAGUUUAAAAUUCAACAAAAAAUAAAAUAAGUGGUAUUAAAAGCAUAAAAAAUAUCUUCGUGAUUUCGCAGUUACUAUUAAAUAGAAGGUUUUAUCAUGUUUAUUGUAUGCCAACUGAAUAUACAGCAUUCUUUCAAACAAAACUAUUUUUCAAGCUUUGAUUUUUUUAGUGGCUUAC